AGGUCCCGUCGGCGGGCGGAGCAGAUGGCGGCCGCGCUGCUCCUGUGCCUGCCCCUCCUGCCGUGCCUCGCCGGCGCCUUCAACCUGGACGCCGACAACGCGAUCAGCCGGCACGGCGAGCCCGGCAGCCUCUUCGGCUUCUCCCUGGCCAUGCACCGGCAGCUGCAGCCGCAGGAGCGCAGGCUAUUGCUGGUUGGAGCCCCUCGAGAAAAGGCUUUUCCGUCCCAACAAGCCAACAGAACAGGAGGGCUGUACAGCUGCGACAUUGCGUCUGCRAGCUCACGCUGUACACGGGUCGUGUUUGAUGAAGACACUGAUCCAAGGAUGGAGAGUAAAGAAGAUCAAUGGAUGGGGGUAACUGUCCAGAGUCAGGGGCCGGGAGGAAACGUGGUGACCUGCGCCCAUCGCUAUGAGAAAAGGCAGUACGUAAACACGGUGCAGGAGACCCGGGACAUCAUCGGGAGGUGCUAUGUGCUGAGCCAGGACCUCACCAUCAAGGACGACAUGGACAACGGGGUGUGGAGUUUCUGUGAUGGCCGCCUACGAGGCCACGAGAAGUUUGGCUCCUGCCAGCAGGGCGUUGCUGCUACUUUUACCAAGGACUAUCAUUAUAUUGUGUUCGGGGCCCCAGGCACUUACAACUGGAAAGGGGUGGUUCGUGCAGAACAAAAGAAUCAGACAUUUUAUGAUCUGGGUAUCUUUGAUGAUGGCCCUUAUGAAGUUGGUGAUGAGAGCCGCCAAGAUAAGAAUCUAGUUCCUGUUCCAGCUAACAGUUAUUUAGGUUUCUCUUUGGACUCUGGUAAAGGAAUUGUCUCCCAAGAUGAGAUGACUUUYGUGUCUGGCGCGCCCAGAGCCAACCACAGUGGGGCAGUCGUUCUCCUGAAAAAAGAGAAGAAUCAGAGAGCCCUUUCCCUGGAGCACAUGUUUGAGGGAGAAGGGCUGGCCUCUUCCUUCGGUUAUGACGUUGCUGUUGUGGACCUCAACAGUGAUGGGUGGCAAGACAUUGUUGUUGGAGCCCCACAGUAUUUUGACAGAAGUGGCGAUAUUGGUGGUGCUGUGUAUAUUUACAUGAACCAGCAAGGCAAAUGGGAAGGGGUAAAACCUAUUCGCUUAAAUGGAACCACUGACUCGAUGUUCGGUCUUGCAGUUGAAAAUGUUGGGGACGUUAAUCAGGAUGGCUUUCCAGAUAUUGCAGUAGGGGCUCCAUAUGAUGGUUUUGGCAAAGUUUACAUAUAUCAUGGAUCCAAGAACGGAAUAAAUACAAAACCAGCACAGAUUCUUGAUGGUGAAAAAACCGGCACCAAUUUCUUUGGUUAUUCUAUUGCUGGAAACAUGGACCUGGAUAAAAAUUCCUACCCUGAUAUUGCUGUUGGUUCUCUCUCAGAUUCUGUAUCUGUGUUCAGAUCUCGGCCUGUUAUAAGCAUUAAGAAAAGCAUUACAGUAAAUCCUGACAGAAUUGAUCUAAAGAAGAAGACCUCUGAGGAACCUAGUGAAAUACAGAUGGAUGUGAGAGCCUGUUUUCAAUAUACUGCAAAUCCUAGAAAUUUAAAUCCAGGAAUAAAGAUCAGCUACACAUUUGAAGCAGAAAAUGAGAGAAGGCAGUUAGGCCUGCCCUCUAGAGUACGGUUUAAAGACCAUCUGUCGGAUCAGUUUACUGCAACUACAGUGCUAAGGGGACAGAAUUCAAGAGAGUGUGUGUCGACCAGGCUUGUGCUGCAGGAGAAAAUUAAAGAUAAGCUACGUCCCAUCCCUGUGUCAGUCAGUGUGAAAAUUGCUGGSCUGGAGUCUAGCUCGCCAUCCGUAAGGAAAGAAGGAGCCCUUCCGGAUCUUAUCCCAAUCCUAAACUCGGAUGAAUUGGAAACAAAGACCACAAAAGUGGAAUUCUUGAAGGAAGGAUGUGGAGAAGACAAUGAAUGUCACAGCAAUCUAAAACUUCAGUACCGAUUUUGUACUAGAGAAGGAAAUGAAGACAGAUUUACCUAUUUACCAAUUGAAAAUGACAUGCCAGUGCUUGUUCUAAAAGAUCAGAAGGAUAUUGCUCUGGAAAUAACAGUGACAAAUAAUCCAUCUGAUGCAAAAAAUCCACAGAAAGAUGGUGAAGAUGCGUAUGAAGCUAAACUAAUUGCAACUUUUCCAGAUAGUCUGACUUACUCUGCCUUCAGGGAGAUGAAGGGUUAUCCUGAAAAGCAGCUGACCUGUGGUGCUAACCAAAAUGGCUCUCAAGCAGAGUGUGAGCUUGGAAAUCCUUUCAAGAGAAAUUCCAAUGUAACCUUUUAUCUCAUCUUAAGUACCUCUAAAGUUAAUGUUGAUACCACAGACUUGGACAUUAAUCUGAAGUUGGAAACAACAAGCACUCAAGUUAAUUCGACUCCAAUUACUGCUAGUGCUAAAGUGGUUAUUGAACUGCUUUUAUCACUCACUGGCGUGGCUAACCCUUCGCAGGUCUACUUCGGAGGCAGCAUCCGGGGCGAGAGCGCCAUGAAGUCUGAAGACAAUAUUGGAAACCUCAUAGAGUAUGACUUCAGAGUAACUAAUUUGGGUCGACCACUUAAAACAUUUGGCACAGCUUCUCUGGACAUUCAGUGGCCAAAAGAAAUUAGUAAUGGCAAAUGGCUGCUUUACUUGAUGAAAAUAGAUUCCAAAGGCUUGGAAAAGGUCUCCUGUCAACCCCAGAAUGAAAUCAAUUAUUUGCAUCUUACGGAAUCCCAUAACUCAAGGAGGAAACGUGAGGUUGCAGAGAAGCAGAUUAUAGACAGCAAAACAUUUUCUUUGUUCUCAGAAAGAAAAUACAAGACACUGGACUGCAACGUGAACGCGCGCUGUGUGGAUAUCAAGUGCCCGCUGAACGGUUUGGACAGCAAGGCCUCCAUCGUGCUGCGCUCCAGGCUGUGGAACAGCACUUUCUUAGAAGAAUACUCCAAAAUGAACUACCUAGACAUUCUUGUUCGGGCUUCAAUCAGCGUUCCUGCUGCAGCUAAGAAUGUUAAACUCACAAAUGAAGUUGCACAGGUGCGUGUUACUGUCUUCCCUGCCAAAACAGUAGCACUUUAUACAGGGGUGCCUUGGUGGAUCAUCUUAGUGGCAAUUCUCGCUGGAAUACUGAUGCUUGCACUAUUGGUAUUCUUACUGUGGAAGUGUGGUUUCUUCAAGAGAAAUAAGAAAGAUCAUUAUGAUGCCACAUAUCACAAGGCUGAGAUCCAUGCUCAGCCAUCUGAUAAAGAGAGGCUUACUUCUGAUGCAUAGUAUUGAUCUACUUCUCUAAUUGUGCGGGUUCUUCCAGCGCUCCAGGUACGAUGACAGUGUUCCCCGCUAUCAUGCUGUAAGAAUUCGGAAAGAAGAGCGACAGAUCAAAGAUGGGAAAUACAAAGACCUUGAGACAAAACAGUGGAUCACAAAAUGGAAUGAGAACGAAAGUUAUUCUUAAGGCAAAGUUUUUCUCUCCACAAAGGUCAGCUAGUUGCUUUCAUUAAUGGAAUACUCAUGGAGUUGGACCUUUGUACACUAUGGACAUUCACUGUUUGAUUGUAGAUAUUACUACUUAUAUUGAGGCUUUUGUUUGCACAGUUAAAAUAGCUUCAACAGACUUUAUUAGCAUUAUUUAAUUUCCAGACUGCCUCUUUUUCCUUUUUUUUUCCCUUCAAAUCUAACACUCACUUUAGAAGAUGCUGUUUUGAUCUGGGUCUUUUCUGCACUGUGCACAUCCACUGUGGCAGACCUUCUGCUACGAUCCCGACAUUCCUGGUGUGCAGGGAGUGCCUGGUUACCAUCCACGUGGGGUCUCCUGGCUUCCCCCCGGGCACACAGUGGCCUUCACAUACUUUGCUCCAGUGAAACCUGAAGAGCUCCUCAUCUACAUUAGCCRUAAGCUUUGCCUGCUGCAGUAAUUAGGGCUUAACAAAAAGCAUCGUCUUAAAUUACAUGUGCAAUAGGUCACGUGGCUCAGUUUUUAAGAUCAGAUURCGCGAAUCUUGCUCACACCAAAUAUACACAGGUUUUUUUUAAAGAGAGGCUUGAAUAUUAGAUGUACUUUUUGUAUAUAUCUUUUAGUCAUUUUUGUAUUUAUUUUGUUAUAAAUCAUUGUCUUUGACUAACCAUUAGGCCAAAGACUUAACUGAACCUUCAAACUCACUGUGUUUAUGAACUUCAGAUGACAAGACCUGAAGCUUUCAGAGCAUUUUAAUAAAUCACUACAGGUGCCAAUGCUUUCUAAAAAUGUAAAUAUCUAUUCCAGGGAUGUACGUGGGCGCUUUUUUCCCGAUACUUAUUCUAUGUAAUAGGAACUACGAGGUCUUGUAAUAUGGUUUAUAUAUUACUUCAGAAUAUUUAAUGAUUUGGCCACCAAGCAGAAACAUGGUUUUAAGUAGAAUUUUAUACUUGCCUCCAGGGAAGCGACAGGUUCUCUGGAAACAGCUUCACAAGGAUUUUCUGUUUGGAGAAGUGUUGACUACUGCAUCUGUUGUAUAGCACUUGAAGGGGGCUGCAGAGGCCUAACGUACCUUAAUUACGGGGAUCUGGGAUGGUCCUCUCUGAGACUACUGAACUGUCUUGAAUACCUGAAUGUUGAUAAGAAUAGAGCCACAGUGUUGUGCUUAUGAGUAAUCUAAUUAUUGUAGCAUAAGUGAUUUAAAUACAUAGCUAUUUAAAAAGUUUACUUUUUUUUUUACCCAUGUUCUAAAGUGUUGGUACUAUUUAAGAAUGAAAAAAAAAAAUAGCUCACAUUGUUUAUUCCAAAAUUCUACUCGAAGUAUGUACUAUGUUGCUAGUAAUUUGAACUAUGCAAAAACCUCUUUGUACUUUUUCCCUCCCAGGUAGAAACCUGCYGAGAGGGCAUUUGUCAGGUGUCUUAUUUGUACUACCAGCUUUGAGCGUAUCUAUUGCAGAGAGGGCGUUCGUGUCUUAGAGCCUUCCCGCGGCGUGAGCUCAGGCCCACUCGGUGGUCUGAGCCUCAGCACUUGCACAGCUGUGCAGCUCUGCGGCUUUGGGCCCUUAAAAAUUCCAGUUUAUUUGCUGAGAGGCUCAUCUGUGUUGGAAACCAAAUGAGGUGCUAAGAAGCUUGAAAAACUGCUGUAGCCUUUGAUUUAAAAGCACUGGCUUUCCCAGCCUGCCCCCUUAAUUGUGACGGCUGUAGGAACAGUUAACAGUGUUAACCUGAAAGCUUUUGCAAAGCAAGUCCUAUCACUGGUGUCCUUUCAUUCUGAACRUUUAUCACUGGUAUGCUUUUGUCUCAAAACAUUUUUAUACCA